CAUACUUAACAUGCAGGUCCUGAUCCUAGCUAGUACUCUGUAAACUAUAUUCAUCACAGCUACAGGAUAAUAUAAACAAACUCAGGAAACUACAGAUAUUAAACAUGUGAAGCAAAAUGUGAAGAUGAAAAACAAGUGAAUUGUGAAUUGGAAAAGUUGCAUUUAUUAAAAAACAUUAUGAGGAUUAACGUCCUUGUAGUUUUCCUCUCACUUCAUCUCAGAAACUUAUCUUGUUAUGAUAAUAUUGAUACUGAUGAUGAUUCUGGGGAAAUCAUUGAUAAAUCUGAAACUGAUUAUGAACUUGAACCUGAACCUGAAAACAUGGAUAUCUCAGAUUGUGAUACAGGACGACCUGAGUUCUCUCAUGUAUCCGGUCAACCUAAUGUAUCAGAGAUAUGGGGAAAUCAGUCAAUCUCCGCUAUUGAGAUAUCCUGGAGUUUAUCUCAGCUGCUCGGGGCUCCUAGCUGUGCUGAUGCUUUCGAAGUGGAAUUCCAGAGUAUAGGAGGUGGUAGAUUAAGCUGGUCUGCCUGGUCUGCUAUGGUAAACUGUGCUCCUACCAGGAGAAAUCAAACCUCUUUCACCUGCCUUAAGCAGUUGAACAGCAGGCUUUGCAGCUCAAGGAUCAGGUUCCGAGUUCUGCCUCAUAACAGCAGGAACCAUGCCAUGACAGCUUUAGGUUCUCCUCAUCAGGAAAUAAUUAUCAGGUGUACACAGGGUGUCCCUGUACAAGUUCUAAAGAACAAGCAUUCCGUCGGACGACAACUUACUCCUUUGAGUGCUGCAGGACGAGAUGGUAAACUAAGAGAAGCGAUGGCUAGGGAUGAUCUUCUCAAGAAAAUUGAAAUCCAAAGAGCUUGGCUCAGGAAACGUAGACGGACAACAACAACAACAACUACUACUACAACAUCAACUACAACUACAACUACAACAACAUUACCAACUUCCACAUCGACAACAACAACUAUUACAACCGCAAAACCUACUUCAAAAACAAUAAGAACCCCGGAUCCCGGACUUAACAAGGUUGGGAGCAGGAGAAUGGAUAAUCCGUCCUACGCUGAUCCAACCCUUGGAGACGAAUACUAUGACUACGAGUAUGAUUAUGAGUACCCGGAUCAAGUUGAACCUGAAAUGGAGGAACCUGAAGAGGUUCAACCAACCUGUCUUUACUCCGGGUGGGACGCCUGGACUGAGUGCACCACAUUGUGUGGUAGUGGAACCAGGACACGGAGUAGAUCCGUCCUACAUGGUCUACCUGGAGAUUGUGAGUUCAUAAAUCAAACCAAAUCCUGCUUCGGCAGAUCCUGCUCCAUGGACCUGGAUGUAGUGGUGAGAGAGAGAGCAACCCUGCUCCCUGGCAAGUAUGGAAAAGGACGGGAUAAGAAAGAAUAUGAGGUUCGGAGCAAUCUUAAGAACUUUACAGAGGAUGAGAAUACUCAGCUGUACUGCAUUCAAUUUCAGGUUGUACAUGGAGCAAGAUCUUGUGAAACUAAACCUGAAGUCUCAGCACUAAGACGGGGAAACACCGUGUGCGCUCUGUGUACAAGUAAAGCUGUCCGUGAAGGAGAUCAAGGUUGUGUAGGAGGAGGAGUCCAGGAUAAGGUUACCUCCUAUAGGAUGCUACUGGAGACAAGAUGUCAGGGAACCUGGAGAAAACUAGAGGAAACCGAACUCUGUUCCUGUAGCGAGAACUCAACCUUUAUAUUUGUUUAGAUCUCUCAAGUUCUUCCUUAAAGGGACUGUAAGCGUAAUGAGUUACAUGUCCGUUUCACUCCGGUGUCCUAGCCUAUAUAUUUGUUUAUAUCUCUCAAGUUCUUCAUUAAAGGGACUGUAAGCGUAAUGAGUUACAUGUCCGUUUCACACGAGUAUCCUAGCCUAUAUAUUUGUUUAUAUCUCUUAAGGUCUUCAUUAAAGGGGCUGUUUAAAUGUUUUUAAACAUUGAUUUUGAAAAUAGAGAGUAAAUCGAGAGUAAAUCGACAAUAACUACAUCAUUGUUAAUCACAUUAUGGGUAAAAGGUUACCGAUGUAAGUUGGGCAUGUUACUCUCUAAAUUAUAAGUUUUAGAAUAUUAUGAAAAACUUCAACUUCUGGAUCGAGGAUACUUUUCUAAGAGCCAAAAUACAAGACAACGUUUACGACACCUUGUAGCGGAAAAACAAAUCAUAUUUAUGGAUUUUUAUUUUUAUCUUUUUAAAAGUCAAAGUUCGACUGUUUAAUAAAUUUUUUAAAACUUUGCAUAAUUUCCCGUUAAAAAAGUUGUAAUCUUUAAAAUUAUGGCUUUCAUGAAAAAACGACAUUUUCAAAUUCAGAGGCCGCAAUGUCAAUCAAAUAAUCAAACCUUAUAAAUCAAUGCCUUUCUAAUUCUAUAUAUUCCUAAAUGUACUCUUUUCACUGAUAUUUGCAUCAAAUAUAAAUAUUUUAGUUAUUUAUUUUCAUAUUUGUGUAUAUUC